AUGUCCUUUUUGUUUUACAGAUCUGCUUCUCCAGAAACUAGUACCGCAGGUCUUUCCCCUGGUAUUGAGUUUAAUAGUGAGAACAAACACCCUGCGCUUAUAUGUGAAUUCUUUGUUAAAGGGCGGUGUAUUAAAGGAAGUUCAUGUAAAUAUAUUCACAUCAAAGGUAGCGUUGUUAAUCCUAGACAACAACCUGAGGAAGAUGUAGCUGUAGCAGAUAAGAAAGCAUCUGUUCAGCUUGGUGAAGAUAUUGGAAAUGCUGCUGAAAGAUCAAGAUCACCAUCACCUCGUUCUGAUCAAUUGCAUUCAUCAGUUAGAAAUAAGACAGCUUUAUCCCCUUUACUCCAGAGUAAGGAUAAAUCUAUCGGCACAUCACUUGGCUCUCAACAGUUUCUAGCAGUUAUAGAUGAUUUUGGACCAUCUAAGGAUGUAAGACAAAAUAGUACAGAUCAGAGUUUCCCUACUGAUAAUUUUGUCAGGCCUUGUCUGCUGAGUGAUAGAGGUAGUUCUACUUUCAUAAAUAGUUUUCUUCCUAAGCAUAUACCUUCAUCAAGUGGCUCAGUUACAUCAUUGGGCAAGACAUACAAAGAGGAACAAAAAUUUCGUGUCUGGACAUGGUUAGCAUCAUUACCUUUAAGUUCUUCUCAAAGUGCAUGUUCUCUUGGUGCCCAAAAGAUGUUGGACAAUAGCAGAGAACACCAUUCUUCCCGGUUGUCUUUGCUGCAAGGCUCUUCCCCCUUCUCUAAUUUUGAACCGGAAAACUGUCCUGUCAGUGAUAUUGCUAGGGAUCCAUUGCACUUUGCUGAAUAUAGAAUAAACUUUUCUUCAGAAGGUUGGGAACCAUCAGUGCCCUUUCGACCAUCCUUUUUUGUUACUUUUAGCCCAUCAUCCCCACGAUAUGGUCCUUUUCGUGAUAGCAUUGAUUUGUCCAAUGUAGGAAAGGGUUCUCUUGAAUUUUCAUUUUGUAGUCAAGACCCAUCCCUCCUGAAUGUAGCAUAUCCACCAACAUAUGGUGAUUCUGCAUCGGCCGGGCCAUUGGUCACUGAAUGUCAUGCUGAUAAAAGAACUGCAUCUUCCCAUGCUAGACACCUUAAAAAUUUGGUCAAUAAUUAUUGCUACACUUCUGGGAAACAUUCAACAACUGAUGCAAAUGAAGGGACCUCUGCAGCUGAUAUGCAAAAUGGAACACUGGCUAAAGAGGAGAUUUCCUCAGUUGCUUCUCAUGUCAAAGACAUUUCAAAGACUAGAAAAUUUGAUACUGGUCGAGAUGCUAGACAUCAAAGGGAUGGGUUUCAAUGCAUAAUAGACCUAAAAGUAGAUAGAGGUAGAGAAAAGAAUGAAACAUAUGUUGAGCAUAAGGCUGAUGGUGAUGCACUGAGAGAGUCUAAAGCAAUGAGGCAUUUCCACACUGCUCUUGUAGAUUUAAUUAAAGAAAUUUUGAAACCAACUUGGCACGAGGGACAUCUCAGUAAAGAUGUUCAUAAUAGAAUAGUCAAAAAAGCUGCUGACAAGGUUAUUGGCACCAUUCAGCCUCAUCAAAUUCCACUUACCUUCGAAUCAACUGAGCAGUAUCUUUCUUCUUCCCAACCAAAAAUAGCAAGGCUUGUUCAGGGAUAUAUUGAGAAAUACGGAAAAUCUUGAGAGGCUGAGUGUUUAUGUAUUUGUACAGUUUUGUGCUAAUUUUCUAAUGGAGUUCCUAACAAUGGUAUUUUCAACCUAUUAAAAUGAUAAUCAUGGAAGUACUCGGGAUUCUCUUGAAAACUUUUCAUAUUUAAUUUUUUGUUUCUUUUAUUAGUUGUAUGCAGAAAGAAAUUUACAAUUUAUGUGGCUUAUCUAUUAGUUGAUAUAAAGCUAAGAGAGUAUGUUGGUAUUUUUCGCAUGCAUACCUAGAAAUCUCCCAAGGAGCUUAAGUUAAAC